AUGGCGGCGUUAGAAAAAUCAAGUAGUGUCAGUGCAGAAGCAACAUAUUAUUAUUAUGCUCUCUCAGCUUAUAGGCUUCCGCCUAACGCUGAAACCGGUUGCGGGAUCCACGUCGGUCCGUUGCCGAUCCUAACUGGUGCCGUCCAUGCGAGCAUCCAAAACAGAGUCCACCCUGUCUGGGCGCCAGGGUUAUUCACAGAGUGGUGA